CGUUCGAACGAAAUACCUUACCAAUCAGAACAUCCACUAUUACCUCAUCUCAACAAGACAACGCAACUCGACUCGUCCCGAGAAACAAAACUACCCUCCUACGACACAAGCCAACAUACAAGUCAACAUGAAGCCCGUCACCCUCGCCGCCGCCCUUCUCUCGCUUUGCGCCUCCCUCGUCAGCGCCGGUGUAGUCAUCACACCCAUCAAGCCUGAGCAAGUUGUACCCAAGAAUGCAGGUGACUGCUUCUUUGGCGUGACAACUCCUCUAGGUUGCGGACCCCUUCGUAACACGAAGUAGGUGUAAUGAAGGAGCUGCGACUACGAGUUUGAGUUUUCUUUCACGGAUGGGGAGUUUGAUGGCUGGCUGCCGGCCUACAGGCGGAAAAUGGGCGAUCCUCUCGGGGCGGAUGUGGAGGACGUUGAUCGGCGACAAGAUAGAUGGAUGAUGGGCCUUGUCUAGAUGCAGUCAUAGGAUCUCUGGGGUUUCAAACACCGACUAUGGGCAUGAAGUCAUGAUCUAUCAGGAGUCAAUAUUAUCUCGACGGAGAACCUCGGCUUGGUCAUGCCAAUGGACAGAGAGACAGAGAGUACGAAGAAGAUACCCAUAUGUUGGAUGCACCCUGGUUGCGGCCGGAGGAGGAUAAAACACCACCAAUUCUACGGAGAGAGAUGGGCGACUGUGCCAUUCAAAACCAUCUUGUCCUGUCUUGUCCUGUUUGUACUCGAGGAGCAAUGCGAUGUAAAUGGAUACCCACUUGGAACAUCCUAC